ACUCCCACUGUGAAAGACCUGGUGAAAGUGUUGUAUGGAGGAAAAAGGUUUGGUAACCAUGCAGAUGAAGUUUGGCCUAACCUUUUCAUUGGCGACAUGUCGGUGGCCAAUGAUCGCUACAGCCUGUGGAAGCUGGGAAUCACUCAUGUUGUGAAUGCAGCUCAUGGGAGGAUGCACUGUCAGGGGAGUCAUGACUUCUACGGCUCCACUGUGGAUUAUUAUGGAGUGCCUGCUGAUGACUCACCGUCCUUUGACCUCUCUCGCUAUUUCUUCCCCUCCGCUGAGUAUAUUCAGAGUGCACUCGACACGGCCGGUGCUCGGGUUUUCGUCCACUGUGCAGUUGGAGUGAGCCGGUCUGCCUCUCUCGUCCUGGCCUACCUGAUGAUCCACCACCACUACACCCUGCUAGAGGCCAUCAAUAAGGUCAAAGAGCGCAGGUGGAUCUUCCCGAACAGAGGAUUCCUCAAACAGCUCCGUGCUUUGGAUGUGAAACUACGCGAGACGUCGUCCGGAGCUGACGGGGGGAACUGCCUUUACUACAAACAAACAUUUGGACCAGUGAUCGAUCCAAGAUCUGUUGAUUUUUGGACUUUAAAAAUGUCAACCCUGAAAGACAAGAGGAAAGAAUAUCUGACCGUAAAGGACCUGCAGAGGGUUUUGGACUCGUGCAAACUACAGCUCAACGAAGUCGAUGAGGUAUAUCCAAAGAUAUACAUAGGGAAUGUGGCAGUAGCCCAAAACAAGGCAGCCUUGCAGAAUCUAGGUAUAACUCACGUAUUAAACGCUGCACACUCCAAGCGAGGCAGCAAAGGGAACCAAAGCUUUUAUGGCAACAGCUUUGUGUAUUGUGGCAUUCCAGCAGACGACUCGACGCACUUUGAUCUGGAUGUUUACUUCAAGCCUGCAGCUGAUUUCAUUCAUAGAGCGCUGAAGUCACCUGAUGGGAAAGUUCUGGUGCACUGCAUCAUGGGAAUGAGCCGCUCAUCGACUUUGGUGUUAGCCUACCUCAUGAUCUACCGUCACCUCCCGCUCAAAAAGGCUUUGCAGACACUGAUCCGGAAGAGAGCCAUCUACCCCAACAGGAAUUUCCUGGCGCUGCUGUUGGAUCUGGAUCUUCAGCUGACGAGAAAAAAGAAAAAAACUUGUCAGAUCCUGUAA